CGUCUACAUUGGCAGCCAGAAGCUAUAUGUUACCAUGUUUCAUUUUCAAGCCAGAGGAGUUUGCUAUGGGAGGACCAGUUCAAUGUACUGCAGGGUCUUUCAGAGAUUUUCUUUUUGUCUUCUCCUUGAUGCCUGCUGGUGAGGGAAACGAUGAAAUCGAAGAACAUAUAGGCGCAGUGGUACUGUGGCGACUCUCUUAGUUUCUGAGGAAGAAUCACAGACAGUAUGAAUACAUGGUCGUGGAGACAUGCACAUACAAAUUCUUGAACAGAAAUAUAAUCCUUUUGACAUUACUGAUGUUCCAGCAAUGUUGGGCGUAACGGUUGAGAAAAGUAUGAUCUGAUUAACUAUUCUAAAUGAAGAUCACCACUCUCGAUCGUCAUUCGUUGGAAUAGGAAUCUUACUGAUGCUGGAUUGCUGAUAUGGGAACCACGAGCAUCUUGAUUUAAGACACAGAAGAAAAAGACAAAGAGCUCAAGAUAUGCCAUUGGGUGCAAAUACUAAGGCGGAGGGAGAUAAAAGUCUUAUAGGGUUUCAAAGAUGGUGGAGAUUUAAUUAGAUCAUUUUCUGCACCCACCUCUCCCCUAACCAGCUCCUCCCUAGUGGUCAAAAUCUUUCACGUCAAGCCUGUACGUCACCAUCAUCAUUAGGUUUGGUGCUAGGGCAUAGUGAUGGCUACUUAUGAACUGCUUCCCAAUUAAGGACAAAAUAAAAGAUGGAUUGGUAUGUGUUUGUCCAUUGGAGACGGCUGUUCCGGAGAUGAUACUGAUGGUGCUUUAAGACAAGAGGAAGAAUUUACAUUGAAUGAUUUUUAUCACACACUGGCGAAUAGGAAAGAUGCACGUGGUGAAUGGGACAUGAAGAGAAAAGGGUGCUCGCUAGGUUUAAUAUAAAUUGGAAUAAGAAGCAGUUAGUGGUUGUCAAGGAAGGAGGAGAGCAAACCAAAUCUCAGAGACGAUUUUCUUAACACUACUAUAGAGACAAGGAAGAAAGAAGAAGAGAGAGACCGUACGUUGUUGUUGAUUACAGAUAAAGAAGACCACAUGGGAAGACCUCCUAGCUCUGAUGACUCUGGUCUCAAGAAAGGUCCUUGGACACCUGAUGAAGAUGAGAAACUUGUCAACUAUGUCCAAGAACAUGGUCAUAGUAGCUGGAGAGCCCUUCCCAAACUCGCUGGUCUUAACAGGUGUGGGAAGAGUUGUAGGCUAAGGUGGACGAACUACUUGCGACCUGACAUCAAGCGAGGGAGAUUCUCUCCGGACGAGGAACAGACUAUCUUGAACCUUCACUCAGUUCUUGGGAACAAGUGGUCAACGAUUGCUAAUCAGUUACCUGGGAGAACAGAUAACGAGAUCAAGAAUUUCUGGAACACUCAUUUGAAGAAGAAGCUGAUUCAGAUGGGUAUUGACCCAAUGACUCAUCGUCCAAGAACCGAUAUCUUCUCCGGCUUAUCUCAGCUCAUGUCUAUGUCCUCUAACCUGAGAGGCUUUGCUGAGCUGCAGCAACAGUUUCCAAUAAGUCAGGAGCACACUAUACUGAGACUCCAAACCGAGAUGGCCAAACUCCAGUUGUUCCAAUACCUUCUUCAACCAUCAUCUUUCAUGAAUACCAUUAACCCUAAUGACUUAGACUCUCUCAGUCUCCUUAACUCUAUUGCCUCCUUCAAAGAGACCACUACUACCACCACCAGCAACACUCUCGACCUUGGUUGCCUCGGUUCAUAUCUUCAGGACUUCAACAGCUUACCAUCCCUAAAAACCCUAAACUCCAACAGCAUGGAACCAUCAUCUGUUUUCCCACAGAAUCCUGAUGACAAUCACUUCAAGUUCUUCACUCAAAGACAAAACCUACCCGUGUCCCCAAUCUGGCUCUCGGAUCCCUCCAGCUCAACUCAGAGUUUGACGUUACCUAAUUCUGUUGUGACUGAUGAUCUGAUUAGGAACCAGUACGGUGUUGAAGAUGUCAACAGCAAUAUCACAUCUUCAAGCUGUCAAGAAUCAGCAGCUUCAGCUUCAGCUGCAUGGCCUGAUCAUCUAUUGGAUGAUUCUAUAUUUUCCGACAUUCCUUAGCCCUUCUUUAAUUUUGUCUUUUUUCAGGUAUGUUUUGGAGGCACUCAAAUCGAAUUUCCUCUUGGGAUUGUGCUUGGGGAUUGUGCUUGUAAUUGGAGAAUUUUAUUAGAUUGCAUAUCUAUAUAUAUUAUAGAGACAUAAUAUAUAUGUGCUCAUGUUGUAGAAUGUACAGUACAGUACAUAUUUCAAAAACUCAUAUGCAUGUUAUUACUGUCAUAUGUUCUUUUAACAUAUGUCUGUACCCAUGGCCGAGUUUAUAUAAUAUAAAGAUUUUUAUGAAGUGGAGAUC